AGCUGCCGUGCCGCACCGGCACGGCCUCACGCCAUGUCUGCCGGCCCCGUCCUUCCACAGGACGGCACCCACCGAUUCCUCCUGCCCGGGAGGCUUCCCCACGGCCGGGGCAGGUUGCUUUGCAGCCUCCCUGGCAUCUCCAGCUGCCCUUUCCCGUCCCGCCAUGGCCUGGUGCAUGCCGGGGAGGAGCGAACUGAACCGCCUCUCCUCCGGGGACGGCCCCUGCCCCGGCAUCCCCUUCGCCCGCAGCCUUGACCCCGCCUGCCCAGCCAUGGCAGCCUCGCUGAGCCGCCCCUGCUUCAUCUCCCUCCACAUGCCCUACAGGCAGGGCUGGGUCCAGGACCUGGCUACCACCUUUCGCUUCCAGCCGGUGGCCAUGCGGGAGACGCCACGGGUGCGGCAGCUGGCCUUGCGACAGGGAUCCGCCGUCUUCCUCGUCAAUGAGCGCCUGGCGCCAGGGCCCACCGGUGCCUCCUCCUAUGAUUUCCUCUAUGAUGUGGAUCCCCGGCCUGCCUUGGGCACAGCCUCCAACGUCUGCUUCGAGGUGGACAAUGUGCCAGGGCUCUGCAAGGAGCUGCAGAGCUGGGGAUGCUCCUUGCCGGUGCCCCCCACUGAGGUGAGGGAUGAGGGUGGCUCCGUCACCUAUGGGGUAGUGAGCUCCGUUGUGGGAAACAUCAGCCAUACCCUUCUGGACCGAUCCCGCUACCGAGGACCAUUCCUUCCUGGCUUCCAGCCCAUCCAAGGAGCCCCCUCAGCCAGGAGGGAUGGGAUUGAGAUCACCCACUUUGACCACAUCACAUACGUCUGCCCACGGGGCGGUGCGCGGGCGGCUUUGGACUGGUACCAGCGCUGCUUCGGCUUCCGCCGCUUCCUGCUGAACCCACGAGAGAGACCGGCUGAGGGGUACGUGCUCGGGGGGCAGGGGGUGGGCAUGCUGCUCCUCGCGCUGCAGAGCGCCCGGGGCACCCCGGCACACGGCUGCAAGCUCAUCCUUGCUGAGUCCCUCUCGGAGGACGGCACCAACCAAGUUGACACCUUCUUAGAGCAGCACGGUGGGGCUGGGAUCCAGCACGUCGGCCUCCGCACCACCGAUAUCGUCACCACAACCAGGGCUUUGCAGCAGUGGGGUGCACGGUUCUUCACACCCCCCACCACCUAUUACAGCCAGGGGGGCAAAGCGGAGGAGAUCCAGGGGGCUGGGCAGGACCCCCGUAUGCUGGCAGAGCUGGGCAUCCUGCUGGACACCACGGUGCCUGGGGACAAGGACCGGCCGGGCACUGGUGCCGCAGAGAGCCCUUCCCAGGAGUAUUUGAUGCAGAUCUUCACCCAUCCCAUCUUCUCCGAGGAGACCUUCUUCCUGGAGCUCAUUGACCGGAGGGGAGCACCAGGCUUUGGGGAAGGCAAUAUACGGGCACUAUGGAAAGCUGUGCAGGUCUAUAUGGACCAGCAUCAGUAGCGACAACACCGCAAUCCUCCUCCCUCAGCUCCUCGUUCUCUCUGAUCCAACCCUGGGGUAAGACGCUGCUGUAGAGAUGCCUGCGGCACCGCUCAGGUGGGCAGGGACCAAAGGAGGUCUCCAGGUCAACCCAGAGCCCACUCAGCGUGACAGCAGGUUGGCUGGAGCCAGGUCCAGUGGGGCUCCAAGCAUCCCCAAGGGACAGAGGGUGAUUACUCCCCCUCCCUGGGUUCCCAGUGAUUUAUUGGCCUCACAUGAAGAACUUUUUACCUUAACUUAAUCUUAAUUUAAUGAGACUUGUGCCUACGGCAUGGCCAAGGACGCUGCUAGCACACUACCAGCCCCAGACGCAGGGGGAUGAGGGGCUGUCAGAGGGGAGUGGAUAAGCCAGGGGCCAUGGACAUGGCAGCUCAUCAACAGUUACCACUCAGAGCAUGGUCAGCCCCUGGGCAGGGCAAUUGAUGGCCUCUUGCUCCUCUUAAUUA